ACUGCUUACAUUGUUGAUUUGCACGUCGGUCGAGCAGCUGGUCAAGCACAAUUAGAAAUUAAUAGUCGCUAUAUAAAGAUAAAGUGUCGUACAAAGCCGCGGCCAUGGCGAAGGAAGAGUCAAGCGCAAGGCGAGAGUCCUGCACCGAGCAAUUGCAAUUUGUGCGCGAUAAACUGCAAAUAUUUCAAUCGAAAAUGCUGGCUGAAUUUGAUCAGCGCAUCUCGUGCAUGAUUGAGGAUGUGCUGCAGGACAUGCGACAGCAGGAGUUGCGGGCCCACGAAUUUCGUCACUUUGAAAAGCACAAGGAGAGAGGAAACAAUGCGACAUCCACUUGGCACAAUCGCAAACCCCAAGUCACAACAAACCCUGACGUCACUGAUAAUCCAAAUUGGCCAGCGGAUGUCCAAAAUGAGAAAUCAACGCCAGCGCAGCAGCAACCAAAACAACAGCCCCAACAACAGCAAAGUGAGCAACCAAAACAAAGACGACGUCAAUUGCCGGAUAAAGUGUUUGUGGCGCGCGAAUCGUAUUUAACGGCGCUGCUACAGGUGGAACACAUGCGCACCAUCUAUCACAUCUUCUACAUUAUUCUGGUCAUGUUUCUGCUGAACGUUGUGUUCUACGACUACUUUGUCGAGGGUCGUAUCAACUUGGGCCUGGGCACCUUUCGUGGCGGCCUUAAGCGUCUGCAUUGGGUGAUGGGUGUCUGGCUGCUGGAGCAUGUCUUUGUCCUGGCGCUCUACUUCGCAUUCCAAGGCUGGGCGCUUGUGCGUGCUAAGCUGCAAGCACACGCUUCACUGCAACGCUUCUGGUCCCAUAGCUGCCUCAUCAUGUACAUCAGCGCCCAGCUGGUCUUUGGCUAUGUCUCCACAUCGCUCUGCUUAAAGUUUCGGCUGCCCUUUGUCAGCGCCUGCGUCUUACUCCUCGAGAGCACGCGUCUGCUAAUGAAGAUGCACGCUUUCGUACGCUUCAAUGCCGAACGCGUUCUGCGGGGCAAGCAAAAGUUGGAUGACGAAAGCGACACAGCGCAGACAGCGGGAAGUGGUCGCCCCUAUGUUCCGCCUCUGCAUUGCUAUGUCUACUUCCUGUUCGCACCCACGCUUAUCUAUCGCGAUAGCUAUCCACGUACUGCUCACAUACGCUGGAAGUUUGCAGUGAGCCGUCUCCUCGAGAUUGUGGCUGUGGCCUUUCUCUAUGCCUUCAUCCAUGAGCGGCAUAUUCACGAGCAUUUCGGACAGUUUGGCAAGGAAACACUGGGUGCGUCUCAAUUGAUUGUCAAGCUUUUUGGCAUGAUGCUACCAAGUGCCGUAAUCUUCCUCUGUGGCUUCUACAUGAUACUGCAUUCGUGGCUAAACUUUACGUCCGAGCUGUUGCGCUUCGGCGAUCGCAUGUUCUACAAGGAUUGGUGGACUUCGCACACCUACGACGGCUACUAUCGCAACUGGAAUGUGGUUGUGCACGACUGGCUCUACGAAUAUGUUUACCGCGAUGUUUAUACGCAUAUUUUUAAGGGCUCCAAGGUUGCUGCCUCGUUGCUGGUGUUCAUGAUCUCGGCGUUGGUCCACGAACAAGUUUUGGGAUUUGCUCUACAAGUCUUCUUCCCCGUUAUGUUUGUGUUCUUCGGCGUUGUGGGCGUAGCGCUGGUGUUCCUUAUGCGCAGUGCACCAAAAACACUGGGUAAUAUAUUCCUGUGGUUCUCGCUCAUCCUGGGCAACGGCAUGUUGAUCUCACUGUACGCCAUGGAGUAUUAUGCGAAAAAGAACUGUGACCAUCUGCGCUACGAGAGUUGGUCAGACCAUCUAACGCCAGCGAUAUGGCGUUGUUACCAUUAGCCAAUUUGGCUGAGCCAACGAAUUUGUUAGACUAUGCUUUUAAUCUGUACACUUUGGCGUACAUAUGUUUUACAUUUAUUUUAAGGUAAUAAAACAUUAUGAAAACUAUUAUAAAUGCAAGUGCUAAGGUCUACCAAUAUAUCAUCAUAUAUGUUAGUGUAAAUCUAUUUUACAUCAAGGUAACUGAUGGCUAAAUCUCAAUCUUAUCAAAUACUGUCUAUAACGAACUGUUUUUGUUUGAACUAAGCGCAUACGUUAACAUUGUUUGUAGUGCUGGUCGUUUGCAACGUUUGUGUUUCCUCAUCCUGACGCUUGCGGCGAAAUAGGAUAACGUGUGGCUCUGGGGCAUGCAUCAUGUAGUGCACCCAACCGGGACUUUGUUGAACACCCAAAUUGCGCCAUUCGGUCUCCGUCAUCAGGUGGGACUUGGGUACGUGUUUGGCCAAAUCGGGCGGUAGGAUAACAUGCCUUCAAAUGUAAAAUACAGAAUUAAUCAAUUGCCCGUCGUGCAACAGAUGAUUGACUUUACCUGUACUCAAAUUUGUCAUCGAAAUACUUCUCGGAAUAUUGAAUUUGAUCGGCGGGCAUGUUUCUUUUCUAUUUAUUUUGUUUUGUCGCGAAUUAUCGAUAGUGGUGAGGCGGUUGACCGAUAAUUCCAGUGUUGAAAAAUAUAAAGGCAAGCGCAACUGCUCCUCAUGCUGCUCUCUAAUAACAUGAAGCACAAACGCGGUAAUGUAA